AAACGGAGGGCGUAGAAUAAAGAGGCUAGGUGGUGCCCUGUUUCUCGGGGAAUCUUGACUCGUAUCCCUCCCACUUUAGCGUCCGUCCGUUGUCGAACUUGUGUCUCAUACCCUUGAUCCCUUGGUUCCUCUGGGUCCCGUCAGUUGCAAGUCAUCCUUCGUCUCUCUUCCCCAGAGCCGCGGCUACUCGUCCGUCCGCGGGCCACUGGAGCACUCGCCGCCUCGUCCCAAAGCAGCAGCAAUCAUCGCUUCUCACCAUGUAUCGCCAUGGCAUUCACUCCUCAUCUUCGCCCUGGAGCAGGUUAAUGGGCCGCUUGCUCAGCACCUUGAAGGGCUUCCUCACACCAGGCGCGUUGCCGCACUUGAUCGAAGAUGAUCUGUCCAAGAACCCCAAGCGCCUGGCGGCAGUGUGUCGACCGGUAUGCCAAGACAUGUUGGAGCAGCUGAACUAUCCUGGCGCGCCUGUGUUGAAAGCAGAGUCAGUUGAAGCACUGUUGGAGUACAUGUACAGAAGAGCCGUCGAGAUUGGCGUCCCUCUCAACACUCGGAUAUCGGCCAAGGGCUUCCGUUUGGGAUACGCCGAGGGUCUUCUUGCGCACCCUAACCACUCCGUGGAAGCACAAGGCUACGUCGGCCUUUUCACGUGGUUAGUUGUGCAAUAUGACGACAUUGUCGGCCAGAACGACGAGAUGAUGGAGGAAGCCACCCUUUUCCACCAACGCUUCUUCAACGGCGAGAAGCAGCCAAACAAUCUGCUGGAGGGCAUCGCAACCUUGCUGCGGGAGGCGCACGAUCACUAUGAUCCAGUGCUAGCGAAUCAGCUGCAGAUCUCUGUGCUCAAAUUCCUAACGAGCAACCUCUUGGAGCGACACAGCGGUUUCCAAAACAUGCGCGUGACGCCAGCGGGCGCGGGUGUCAAGUUUCCCGACUUCUACCGCGACAUGUCUGGUAUGAACGUGGCAUAUGCCGUAUUCUGCUACCCAAAGGAUCAGUAUCCUGACGUGGGUGCUUUCCUGGAGGCCAUUCCUGAUAUGGCCCGCUUCAUCGACAUUUCGAAUGACGUUCUCUCCUUUUACAAGGAGGAACUUGGCGGUGACGACCGCAACUACAUCCACAACCGCAUGGAGGUGUCCAGAAAGUCUAUUCCAGUUGUUCUGCAGGAGACAAGCGACGAGGCAAUUGCCUGCGCCAGGCGCGUAGAUGCCAUCCUCAAGGGACGCGGCAUCUAUGCUCAGUCAUGGAACGACAGCGUGAGGGGCUACAUGGCCAUGCACACGACAAAUGUGCGCUACAGGCUAGACGACCUCGGCCUAGGCGAGGUGCACCCUCUCGCGCCUUUCGAGCACAAGAUUGGUGAGCUGUUCGAAAGGAUAGAGAAGUGAUGCCCGCCUGCUGGAGAAUAUCUUGGGUUCGGUUGAUUGCAUUUCGGUGUGACAUGGGUCUCCUUCGGUAUCAUGUGGUCUGACCACGGCCAGGAUCAUACGAUGACAGGAUGAGGAUUUCUGCACACGUCGUUAGAUACCAUAGCAUGCAGCAGCCGGGUUCCUUGAAUCAUUACUUACGGAUACAUACUUGCGAAAUCUUCGCUGCGGGCGUCCCUGUCUCUUGGUCUAAAGUGAUUCGACAUUGCUUGGGGAGCGGAUACGACCACCAAUCAACCAGCCAGACUUACUCAGAUGGGCGUGCUUUCACUGGGCCCGGCAUUGGAUCUUUAGAGACGAAUC